GGCAUUUUGGUCGUCAUGGAGGACAAUAGGGAUCUGCGAUCGGCCACCUCUUGUGGGCGUCGGGCUCGCAAGGGGAUUCUGUCUAUUUAUGCACUUGUACUCUCAGAAUAACAACCUCUUUUUCUGAAGACAGGCCAAGCAAAGCGCACUCGAUCUCUAGCCACACAAGCAGCACAGCCUACACAAACUAGCGAGCCAGCAUCUGUCUAGAGAUCGCAGCGACCGGGAUAGGUCGCUGGACGAAGCCAGUCCUUCAACCCUCCGGCACGGAUCAACCAGGUUCAAUCGCGCAAAAUGGCUCCCCCAAGCACAUCGUUCGUCGUUCUCGCUGGUGACAAGGAACAGGAAAGGGUCUCCGUGGUUCAGCGGAGUGUCGGAAGUGGCUCGACCACUUUCGCCAUCCUGACCAGUGACAUUGGCGGUCGGGGGGAAUUUGUUCUCAGGCAAAGCAAGUCGGCUGUCCAGGACGCUGACAUCAAAGAGGAGGCAGAAAUUAUGGAGCGCCUGCAAGGGGGCUCUCAGGACCCCCCUGAAGACUGGCCCCUGGCCUGGAUGGACGGCAAACUUUACGGCAAGGAGGGAGAGGAAGCCGUCUCCUACCGGAGGCAUUACGGGCUUGGGGAUUUGUCCAGGAUCAUGGUCACCUUCUCGGACGCCGAUCCCAUCUGCUUUUGGGGCUGA